GAGACACAAUAGAGCAGAGCACGGCGCAGAUACACUGCUGAGAGACUUGUAUGUUACACACCGUGCAGCUUUAUCCGGAUCGGAGAUUACUAAUAUAUUGGAUAGUCUUGUUUCUUUUCUUUUUCAACUCUUUCUGCCAGUGAACGAGAGAUUGAAUUCAGACAUUGAGCUGCAUCACACACAAGAGGUCAUCAUGCCUCCCACAACCCCGUAUGCUGGAAAGUUCAACUCGUAUGGCAACAACAACAACAACCAUCCUCAGCCUCACAGUCCGUACCGCAGCGGCACCGCCCCAAAGCCCACGAAGGAAAGCGUCUACAACGGCGCCUACUCUUCCUCAGAAAACCCCUACGACAUACCACAGCCUCACACUUCGUAUCGCAGCUCCUCUGUCUCCUCUGUGACCGCAAAGGAGCAUCAUUACAACAGCUGUGCGCUUUCAGAGAACCCGUACUCCUCGUCGCAGCCUCACAGCCCGCGACAGCACAGCACUUCCUGUCCCGGACGCGCAUACCGUCACACCAGCAGCAGUAGCGGCAGCGAGCAGUCGUGCCGUAACAACUCUGUGUCAGCGAAAGGCCGACUUUACGGCCACGGCGUCACCGCCAGCUAUGGCGAAAUGUGUUACCAUGACAACAGUUUGGUUUCAGCAUCCCUUGAGGCGCUGAUCCAGCACCUGGUUCCCACAGUUGACUACUAUCCUGAUAGGUCGUAUGUGUUCACCUUCCUGCUGAGUUCACGCCUCUUCCUGCACCCAUAUGAGCUCAUGACAAGGGUUUGUCACCUGUGUGUGGAGCAGCAGCGGUCCGGAGACACCCUGCUGGAUAAGAUCCGUUUCCGUGAGGUGGCGCCUAAGUUGGUGCAGCUGCUAACAGAGUGGACCGAGACGUUUCCGUACGACUUCAGGGACGAAAGGAUGAUGCGUUGCCUCAAGGACAUGACACACCAUGUGGCCCGAGGGGAUGAGUACUCUUGGCGAGCCAUGCAGCAGAUGACCCAGCGGCUGAUCAAACGUCUAUCUGCCCUCGGCCAGUAUGAGGAGGCUGUUGCAGCGCUCAACGCUGUGGCAAUGGAGCGGCCCGCUUCCCUGAAAAGCAAACAGGCCUCGGGGCAGCGAAGUGAUGUAAUGAGCGUCUGUGAUGACCCCUUCAUCCUCGCCCAGCAGCUCACACACAUUGAGCUGGACAGAUUAAGUUUUAUUGGUCCUGAAGAGUUCAUCCAGACAUUCGCCAUGAAGGAUCCUCUGGAGAACCACAAGGGUUUCUUCCGGAAGCGCAAGACCAGUAACCUGGAGGCCUACAUCAACUGGUUCAACAGAUUGAGUUACCUGGUGGCCACUGAGAUCUGUAUGCCAGUGAAGAAGAAGCACAGAGCACGGAUCAUCGAGUUCUUCAUUGACGUGGCUCAGGAGUGUUUCAACAUCGGCAACUUCAACUCCCUCAUGGCCAUCAUCACUGGGAUGAACAUGAGUCCAGUUGCCAGACUGAGGAAAACGUGGAGUAAAGUCAACACCGACAAGUUCGAAAUUCUGGAGCACCAGAUGGACCCUUCCAGUAACUUCAGCAACUACCGCACUGCGCUACGUGGCGCCACCCAGAGGUCUGAGACCGCACACAGCAGCCAGGAGAAGAUUGUGAUUCCUUUCUUCAGUCUCCUCAUUAAAGAUAUCUACUUCCUGAAUGAAGGCUGUGCCAGCAGGCUGUCCAACGGACACAUUAACUUUGAGAAACUGUGGGAACUUGCAAAGCAGGUGAGCGAGUUCCUGGUAUGGCGUCAGGUGGUUUGUCCGUUUGACAGAGACCGCCGGAUCCUCCAGUACCUCGUCACCACGCCUGUCUUCAGCGAAGACGAGCUGCAUCUGGCUUCCUAUGAGAGUGAAGGACCCGAGAACAACAUGGAGAAAGACAGUCGUAGGUCUCUUAGAUCUUCCCUUCUGCAUCGAGAGAAUCGAUCCUAAGAGAAUGACAAUCCUCCGUAUGACUGUAAAUGAACGAGGUCCUUUAAAGCUACAGCUUCCUCCAUAUUAUCUUUGGACACUUUUUUACAUCCCCAUGGCCAUAUUUUAGGCCUUGGACAAAUACUGAUCUACAGGAGUACAAACGUAGCUCUGCCAUUAUUCUCACAGAUGAACAGAAGAACAUAUUACAAUAUGUGGGCUUUGAGGCUUACAAGGAGCAUAAAUGAUUUAUAAAUCAGAUCCUUGAUGACCACCCAGUGCCAAAGGACCAUAACGCUGCAGUUAUUACUAUAACCCUCUGCCUUGCAAGCGUUCAGGAACUGGAAUCAUUUGAACCUAAAGGAUUCCCAACAGGAGCUGGGAUUACUGAUUUGGAUCGUCAGCUGUGCUUCUUCUUCUCCUUCCAGUUCUGUCCAAGGUGCUUGGAUUUCACUGCAGAACAUGUGUGGAUCUUGUUUAUAUCUCCAGUUUACCUUCAUCACGGCGAAACAGCUUCAUAUUGUGGAGGGAUUCAUGCUUAUAAGCACGAGGGGCUGGUUUAGUCUCUGUAUCAGACACACAUGGACCCGAUUGGUUAUAUUGCAACAUUAGCGCUGCUUCCCUGCGGAUGUCCUGGCUGAGUUCGGUCAAAAACCACAAAGAGAGGAAACAUCCACUCCGAAAGGAAGAGCUGAUUUUCAUUGAUUUGUAUUAUAAGUAACAGGCUGACAGCUGCUUUAGAAGUGGUGCUGUAUGCAUUGUUGUCUUGUGUUGAUUUUAACAUCUUGAGCAGCCACUGCACCACAUCCAGUCCAUUUGCUCUCAGUUUGCACACAGCAGCACCAGUUUCCAGCUAUUUCAUUCAAGCCUUUUAUCUAAUUUAAACACAAGUCAGUACAUCAGCUGCAGAUUUCCCAACACAUUUUAGAUAGACCGUUUUCAUUAAUCAUGCUGUUUGGUUGUAAACAUGCUGUGGCGUGCGCACUUUGACUCCGUAUUGGUGAUGCAAAAUUGUGUCAGCAACAUUAUGCUAAUCAUGCAAGGUAAAUGAAAUGCACUUCAGUGGGUUCUUGUGUAUUGUAUUAUAGGAUACAGUGACUCCUAUUUUUAAGGUGUCUUUCUAUACAGUAUUACAUUGUUGUUUUUUGUAUCAGAAGUUAAAAUGUUUUUUCCUCAUGUACUUUAUCUGUUUCACCACGAGCUUGUUGCUGGUUGGCUGGCUCUGCAUUGGUAAGCUAUUUAGUUAAGACAACUAGUUAAGACAACACCAGUUCAUGUAUGACAAAGAAGUGUUUUGCGUCUGAAUGAAGCACAAACUGAGGUGUGUAUGUGCAGCUUAAAUACAAACAGAAACCUCACCCUCCUCUUCAUCUCAUCCGUAAUGACGUGAUCUUGAUGUGCGCCUUUAAAAUCUGCCUGUGAGUGAAAGUGACGCUAUUUGUAUGAUUUUAAAAAAGCUCAUGUUUCAUUUAGAAGUGUUUUUCUCAUCUGUGCUUCUUUCAAUCUUUUUUUAUGUGUGUAUCAUUUGUGUUACCAGUCAGGGUACUUAUACUGAAGGUCUUUGUGAAAAGAGAAUUAUAUUUUUUCUUUCAAAUAAACGGAAUAACUGAC